AUGUCGUCUUCAGUUCCUUAUGACCCAUAUAUUCCAAACCAAACUACUGGUGACCAAUCAAAUUCCAGAACAGCAGCUAUACAAGCCCAAAUCGAUGAUACAGUCGGUAUUAUGAGAGACAACAUUAACAAAGUUGCUGAAAGAGGUGAAAGAUUAGAUUCUAUAGAAAAUAAGACUGAUAAUUUAGCAAUCAGUGCUCAAGGAUUUAGAAGAGGUGCUAAUAGAGUUAGAAAAGAUAUGUGGUGGAAAGAUUUCAAGAUGAGAAUGUGUCUUAUUUUUGGUGUAAUUAUUGUUAUCAUCGUUAUUGUCGUACCUAUUGCUGUUCAUUUUAGUUAG